CGUACACGAGGUGGCCAUGGAGUUGGAGCUAGACCGCGAUGUGGUUCUUGGGAGCGCGCUUGUUACCAUGCACGGCAAGUGUGGCAAUCUCGGCGCCGCGCGGCGGGCAUUCGAUCGGAUCGAGCGGCGGAAUCUCGUCUCCUGGACGGCGAUGAUCGCGGCGCUGGCCGAGAAUGGGGAUCGCGAGGGCGCCUGGGAUCUCUUCCGGGCGAUGGAGCUGGAAGGGAUCGAGCCGGACGAGGUGUGCUUCAUGGGAGUCCUGGCGGCGUGCAAGAACGCGGGCGAGAUCCAGAGCGGAUUCGAGUAUUUCCAGUCCAUGACCGAGGAUUACAGCAUGGAUCCAUCGCCGGGGCACUAUACCUUCUUGAUCGAUCUGCUAGCGCGAUCCGGGAAGCUGGAGCUCGCCGAGGAUCUGAUCCGAGGCAUGCCAUUCGAGCCCCAGGCGUGGACGUGGACGUCCCUGCUGGGGGCUUGCAAGAUCCACUGGGACGAGCGGCGUGGGGCGAUGGCGGCGCAGCGCGCGCUGGUGAUCGAUCCGCGCAGGACGGCGGCGUAUGUGAUCCUCUCCGAUAUUUGCGGCAAGAACAGUGUGGGAGUAUAAAGAACAGAAAGGGGGGCCAGGAAAUAUUUAGGGUUUGUGCCCUUCUUCCUCUUUCUUGUUUUGGCGCUCGAUCGAUCGCAGCGAUGAGUGGAUCGCCAAGGCGUGGCGGAAGAAGGUACUCGUAUUCUCCAUCGCCUCGGAGAGGGCGCUCCAGGUCGAGGAGCCCGCCACAUUGCAGAAGCAGCUAUAGGAGCGAUGGCCGCGACAAGGACGACGAGAUCUCGUGCAAUCCCGGAAACAAUCUCUACGUUACUGGGCUCUCGACUCGAGUGACUGAGAAGGACCUCGAGGACUAUUUCUCGAAAGAAGGCAAGGUAGUGGAAUGCAGGCUUGUGGUGGAUCCUCGAAGUCAUGAAUCGAGGGGGUUUGGGUUUGUGGCACUAGAAUCUCUGGACGAUGCGGAACGCUGCAUAAAACGUUUGCACCACUCCAAUCUCGAGGGCCGGAUCAUCACAGUUGAAAAGGCCAGGAGGAGCCGAGCGAGAACCCCGACGCCCGGCAAGUACCUCGGAAGUAGAACUGCAGCAGGCGGUGGAGGACGAUCUCACGGACGCCGACACGACGAUCGAGACCACCGCGACGAUUACUACCGCGCUGGCAAUGGCGGUGGCGGCGGCUACCACCGAAGGUCACCGCGGUACUCACCGUACAGGAGGUCGCCGCGGUACUCGCCAUACCGCGACUAUGAUCGCUCGUACUCGCCGCCGCCGUACCGGCACCGCAGGGAGUACGACCGGUCCCCGCCGAGUUACCGGCGCUCGCCUCCAUCGUAUUACCAUAGGUGAAAAGUUGGAAGUUGUAAGAAAAUUACUAGGGUAAACAUUAGGGAAAUUUCUAGGGUU